UGAACGCUACACACAACAUUGCGUCAGUAGGUGUCACAACCCACUGACAGAAGCCCAUAAAAAUCCACUCCUCCACCCGCCGCCACCAUCAACACCCCGCAAAAAGUGAAGUGUCAAUUAUCCCCGACCCCCUCUCGCGCGAGCCAACUCAAAAGUGGAGGAACGAUUCCAGCGCCACGAGUUCAACAAACUGUCAUCCGUUAUUUUCGACGGCAAAUCAAUCCCAAUGGAUCAACUCCCUUUCGACGGACUAAAUUCCCAAGUUUUUGCCAUUACCGGGUCAUCCUGAAGGGGCCGGCCGCCACCACCGAAUCCCUGUCAAGUACAACACAUAAUAAAAUUAAAACAAAUCCAAUUAUGAAGAGAAACUUCUCGUGAAGUCCCUGAACCCGAUGAGUUGCUCCAUUUACUCCGGACAAUCCGAUCAUUUCGAUAAAACACCCUCGCGCAUCGAUUUUUGAAACUAGUUUAGGCGGGAAAAUUGAAAUUUUACGGAGUCAACAGCGUGAUUUAUUAUUUAAUCGAAACGAUAGUACAAAAUAAUAAAGUGAAGUAGAAUAGUGAGAGUCGUAUUAUAGAAGAGAAUAAAACGUGAAAUAAAGUAGGAAUAAAAUAAAUGAAAAUGGGAAACGCGAAGAUAAAGCAGCACUACGAGACAGCGAAGAAGACUGGGAUAAUGAAUUUGUCGCAGAGGAAGAUGCUGGAGCUGCCGGCGAACCUGCAGAUGCUGGCGCCUGUGCUGAGGACCCUCGAUCUGUCCCAGAACAUGUUCAAAGUCAUUCCGGAUGAGAUCGGGAUCUACACGCUGCUGAAGCAGUUGAAUCUGAGUCAGAACAAACUGCGGACGCUGCCGGAGGCCCUCGGGGCCCUGGUGAAGCUGGAGAUACUGAACGCGAGCUGCAAUUUGAUUAAUAAACUGCCCGAUUCGCUGGGGAACCUCGCGAACCUCAAGCAAGUGAACUUAUCGCAGAAUCAUAUUACGGAGUUUCCGCUGGUGUUCAGUGGGCUGAAGCACCUGGACAUGCUGGACCUUUCGAAGAACAAGCUGACGGUCGUUCCUGAUGGGGUGGCGGGACUACACGUGACGGAGCUGAAUCUGAAUCAGAAUCAGGUGUCAGUAUUGUCUGAGAAAAUCGCAGAAUGUCCGAGACUGAAGAUCCUGAGACUCGAGGAGAACUGCCUCCAGCUGAACGCGAUACCCCCGAGAAUUCUCAAGGACUCCAAAAUAUCGAACAUCGCACUUGAGGGGAAUCUCUUCGAGAAUAAACAGAUCGCGCAUUUGGAAGGGUACGACCAGUACAUGGAGCGAUUCACCGCUGUCAAGAAGAAAAUGUUCUAGUUUCGUGGGAAUUCAGUGAACUCUAGACCAAUCGAGCUCAGGAGAGCUACAUGUGUUCCCUGAGCCAUUUCUAAUUAAGAUGUGUGUUUUUCCCUAUUUAUGUGGCUAUUUUUGUCAUGCAAAUGCCAUUUGUAAAUGCACUCGUGCGAUUUUCUACGAGUUUAGGGGACAAUUAAAUUUUUGAAAAUGGUGAGUUCGAGUGAACAUUGCGGUUUGAUUAAUUAUGAAUAUUGUGAGUCGAUUGUGAUUAUGAAGAGGCUCGUGGUGACGAGCGUGAGGACGAGAAAUAAAUAAAAUUUCUGGAAAUUAAUGUUUUUUUAAAUGUAAAAUUCCCAUUGCAACACAUUUCGUCAUUUUUGGGGGAGUCGUAAACAGAUAUCAGGCGCAGAUUUAUUAUAAGAAGAGAAUGUCCUAAUUUCGUGGGAAUUCAAAGAAUUCUAGACCAAUCGAGCUCACUGAGCCAUUUCUAAUUAAGAUGUGUUUUUUCCCUAUUUAUGUGGCUAUUUUUGUCAUGCAAAUGCUACGAGUUUAGAGGACAAUUAAAUUUUUUGGAAAUGGUGAUUUCGAGUGAACAUUGCGGUUUGAUUAAUUAUGAAUAUUGUGAGUCGAUUGUGAUUAUGAAGAGGCUCGUGGUGACGAGCGUGAGGACGAGAAAUAAAUAAAAUUUCUGGAAAUUAAUGUUUUUUUAAAUGUAAAAUUCCCAUUGCAACACAUUUCGUCAUUUUUGGGGGAGUCGUAAACAGAUAUCAGGCGCAGAUUUAUUAUAAGAAGAGAAUGUCCUAAUUUCGUGGGAAUUUAAAGAAUUCUAGACCAAUCGAGCUCACUGAGCCAUUUUUAAUUAAGAUGUGUUUUUUCCCUAUUUAUGUGGCUAUUUUUGUCAUGCAAAUGCUACGAGUUUAGAGGACAAUUAAAUUUUUUGGAAAUGGUGAUUUCGAGUGAACAUUGCGGUUUGAUUAAUUAUGAAUAUUGUGAGUCGAUUGUGAUUAUGAAGAGGCUCGUGGUGACGAGCGUGAGGACGAGAAAUAAAUAAAAUUUCUGGAAAUUAAUGUUUUUUUAAAUGUAAAAUUCCCAUUGCAACACAUUUCGUCAUUUUUGGGGGAGUCGUAAACAGAUAUCAGGCGCAGAUUUAUUAUAAGAAGAGAAUGUCCUAAUUUCGUGGGAAUUCAAAGAAUUCUAGACCAAUCGAGCUCACUGAGCCAUUUUUAAUUAAGAUGUGUUUUUUUCCCUAUUUAUGUGGCUAUUUUUGUCAUGCAAAUGCUACGAGUUUAGAGGACAAUUAAAUUUUUUGGAAAUGGUGAUUUCGAAUGAACAUUGCGGUUUGAUUAAUUAUGAAUAUUGUGAGUCGAUUGUGAUUAUGAAGAGGCUCGUGGUGACGAGCGUGAGGACGAGAAAUAAAUAAAAUUUCUGGAAAUUAAUGUUUUUUUAAAUGUAAAAUUCCCAUUGCAACACAUUUCGUCAUUUUUGGGGGAGUCGUAAACAGAUAUCAGGCGCAGAUUUAUUAUAAGAAGAGAAUGUCCUAAUUUCGUGGGAAUUCAAAGAAUUCUAGACCAAUCGAGCUCACUGAGCCAUUUCUAAUUAAGAUGUGUUUUUUCCCUAUUUAUGUGGCUAUUUUUGUCAUGCAAAUGCUGCGAGUUUAGAGGACAAUUAAAUUUUUUGGAAAUGGUGAUUUCGAAUGAACAUAGCGGUUUGAUUAAUUAUGAAUAUUGUGAGUGGAUUGUAAUUAGGAAGAGGCUUGUGGUGACGAGGAAUAAAUAAAAUUUCUGUAAAUUAA